CACAGAUUAGUGCCGAGCAUAAUCGGCUCCUCCAGUCCAAACUUCGGAGCCCCAUCAUCUCCUGAACGUGGCUUAGUCCCCUUUGAAGCUCGAGUGAGACGCUGAAAGACGCCCCCCGCACCCCCGGAGGAUGGCGGACAUCGAAGCGGGCAGUGAGAAUGGCCUUGAUCACGAUGAAGGGCCACCCACGCCCAUCAUCAAUGUGUUCAUUCGGGUGCGGCCACCGGCCGACUCGGGACAGCGCGUCCAGGUGAGUCAGUCAGACACACACUGCCAUGGCACACAGAGACAGGCAUGGUGCGGCGUCCUUGUUUCUUGCGAUGCGCAGGACCUCCUUGCUUUCGGCGAGGAGGACGACACCACCCUCAUCACCAUUCGUGACCCCCACUCCCACGCCACCAACGCACUCCAGGAGUACUCGUACGCGUUCGACCGCGUCUUCCAGCCAUCCGUCACUCAAGCCGAGAUCCAGGAGAACGUCGGCCUGCCCAUGCUCGAGCACGUUUUCGAUGGUGGGAUGGCGUGCAUGCUGUCUUACGGACAGACCAACAGUGGCAAGUCGUACACGGUGUUUGGGGAGAUGGGCAAGGAUGCGGCGGAGGACGAAAGGGGAGUGGUGCCGCGGGUGGUGGAGGGGGUGUUCGAUAGGAUCAAGGGAGAGCACAGCGGGACCAAAGUGGAAGUCACCCUCAGGUAAGUAGUAGUAAAGCAUUCCAUUCUCGGAUAUUUGGGUCAGUCUUCUGGUUGGUUGUGUUGUGUGCAGUAUGGUUGAAGUGCACAUGGAUCAAGUGAGGGAUAUCUUCGGCGUCCAGUCGUCGCCGGCCACGGCAUCCAGGCCCAUAUCGAGCCUUUCGUCCAAACCCCCUCAGUCACGGCCGCGGAGCACCACCCCAUCCACAAUGGCUACAGCACACAGACCAGGCGAGUGGGACAAAUGCUUGUUAUCUGCGCAAAAAGAGACACAAUUGAUGAUCUGAAUUUCCACCACGCCUUGCAGAUUCCCGUCAGACGAUCACCACUCCCUCCCGCUCGCCCAACCCUCCGUCCCCUUCCCCCUCACCAGACGAGGAUAUCAUCCAUUCGCGGCCCACCUCAGCGCUCAUGACAAGACCCCAGUCAGCCCACCCUCAGAGCCGCACACGGCCGCCAUCGGCCACGAGCGACACGAACACGACUAAGCGGCAGGUGCGGCCGAUGAGCGCGACGGCAGCUGGUACUUCCACACGAGUGCCUUCAGGCGGCCGGACCAGGAGUGUCGUAACGCCGUCUAUUGAGCAUGGGUCGUCGUCAGAGGGGAGGGGCGACAGGGAGAGGGGGAGAAUCUCACGGCAGGACAGUCUGCCGCUGCACGAGAGAAUGGACGGAGAGGUGGGUGACCAUCGACGCUUCAGCGUUCCUCUGUCGUGUCUCCCUUACUGAGUACGUGUUCGUGUCUUGUCCCCUCAGGUGUAUGUGAAGGACCUGUCGUCCUUCAUCGUGACAAGCGCUCGCGAGGUGGAGACCCUGAUCCAGGGGGCAUUCCAGACCAGGAGCCAAGCUGCUGGUGCGGGGCUCGACACAAGCCACACCGUCCUCUUUAUCCGAAUCACACAGGUAUCCAUCCACUCACCUACGGCUCAGCAGGAGGCGAUCAAUCAUGUGUGUGCGUGUGUGUGUGCAGAUGGAGGGGUACUACCCUGGUGCAUUGCCAGAAGAAGUCGACACCACCACAGGCAUGCUGUGUUUCGUCGACCUGGCGGGCUCGGACAGGCCGGUGCGGACCAACCGCGAGGGCAUUCUCAUCAAGGAAACGCUGUCCACUCUGGGCAAGGUGCUGUUGUCUAUGGGGUCAUCCGACACCACCCACCCGCCAUAUCGCGACUCGAAGCUCACGCGUCUGCUGCAGCCGGUGCUGAGCAGAGGGCCCCUGAUCUUCCUCGUCAUCAACCUGCACCCACACGCAGACAACUUUGAAGAGUGCAGAAACGCUCUCGCCUUCGCCGACAGGUCCUCUUGUCGCGCCGUCUGACACGCACAUGUGUGUCCUCUGUGUGUGUGCAGGUGCCAAUCAGCGCGUCCCUCGCCCACCAUCAACGUCAUCACAGAGGGCCAGAAGGCCUCUCACGAGCGGCACGUGCAGCGGCUGCUGGCCGAGAUACAGGACCUCCAAAAGCAGCUCAACCAGCAGAAGGAAACCAUGCAGGCCUCAUACCACAAACAACUCUCGCGUCAACUCACGGCAGAGACGCCGCCACCCACUGCUGCAGCACCAGCACCCGAACCGACCAAAGCCAAGAAGGGGCGGUUUGAGGCAAAGUCGUUGACGGAGAGGCCGGAGAAAGACGAGACGGCGGCAGAGAGAGACACAAGGCUGGAGUGCUAUGCGAUGCGGCUGGGGCUGGACGAGACCAUGAGGGGCGAGAGUGAGGAGUGGAAACGCCGAAAAGAGCAGCUGAAGAGGCAGCUCGAGUUCCUCGAAUCAUCACACCCGGUGGAAUUUGCUGUCGGUAAGCCAAUCAGCCAACGCGAAUGCGACCAUCCGUUUGAAUGCAGUUGCUUGCGGGAUGGUGUGUGUGUUGCUGAUAUGACAGUGAGGGACAUGGCGACGGAGCAGAGACAGGAGGUGUCGGUGGCGCUGCGGCAGGAGCGGGAGAGGGCCAGGGAGGCAGAAGACAGAAAAGCACAGCUGCUCACCAAACUCGACAAGCUCAGACAAAAGUGGUGCGUGUGCACCAUAUACACGUCUGCCUGCUAUCUGUGAUUCGGUCUGUCUGUCUGUUUGGUGUGAGCAGGUAUCAGGAGGAGAAGGUGCUGAAUGGCAAACUGCGACACUCGGCAGAGACCAUCGCACAGCUGAGACAUACACUCACGGACAACGGUGAACGAGAUUCAAUGCACCACACACAUACGCACUGUCCGCAUGUCUCGGUGCCUCUGCUGCCCGCCCGUCAGAUAUAAGGCACCAGCAGCAGGUGGCGAGGGAGAAGCAGCGACAAGAGAAGGACCAGCAGAGCCUUCAAAGACGCGCAACCACUGUGCCAAAGGUGAAAUGAACGAACUGAAAAACACCUACUGACUCACUCACAUCCACUUGCUUGUCUGUCUCCUCUCAGGCUCAGACAGCGUUGCUGCGGCGCCUCUCGCAAUCGCCAGUCCGUGGCCCCGGCAGCCAGCACAUCACCACCGCCGCCCUCGCUGCACUUGCCAGCCCACAGCCCCCUCUCGCGUGUGAUCGCGACGUGGACGAGGCAACAGAGGCUUCGGAGGAUGACGGCAAGGCCGCCACCAGGGCUCUCGCGGACACGUUGGGCAGGCUGCGCAGCGACCAUCAGUCGAGGGCGGGUGAUGCGGUGAAGCAGCGGGUGAAUCGGGCACUCUUGAAGAGGAAGAAAGAGGUACGUGUACGCCACAGAGAGAGAGAAAGAGAGAGGCCCACUUUGUGUGGGUGUAAAAUGUGUGUCUCAAGGAUGAGGCGUUGAGUGAGAGUCUUGAAAGAACCAAAGGAGAGACGGUGCGGCAGUAUCAGUAUUGGAUGCAGCAAGUGCGCAGCCGUCUCGACGAGUGCCGGUCCCGCUACAGCCAGUACCGCCGGCGGUUCCGACGGGCCCGUCUGCAGCUGCACCUCGACCAAUCCUACCUCCUGCAGCUGGCAAACGAUCUCAACAGAAUGGUCUGUCACCCACUCACACACAGCAGCCGACGAACCGAAUACGCAGACACACGUCUCUCUCUCUCUCUCUCUCUUUCUCUCUCUCUCUUGCUCUUUCUCUCUCUCUCUUGUUUGUGCAGGUGAGUGACCUGGAGAUGGGGACAUGGCCGACGGGCUAUUGGUCCAAGAUCGCCACACAGGAUGCUCACAUACUCAACCAAUGGGCCAAGAUCCGACUCGCCUUCGACAAGGAGAAGGAGAAUGAGCAAUAUCCCGCUCUCUCGGCGGAGGGCACCCCGCUCACCAAGACUGACCUCCACCCGUUCGUCGAGCGGUUUCUGGCCACGCAGAAGCGCGUUGAUCGGUACAUCGCGCGUGUGCAGCGGGAGAGCGAGGGAGACACGACAAAGGGUGCCGACAGGGGGAGGAGGCUCGAGAGGACUGCGAGUGUGCCGGCAUUCUGUGAAGACAGCAAUGAUGCGGCGGACCUCAGGUGACACAUGGCUUAUGUCUCCAUCAUUGCCCAUCCGUGUGCACUUUCGUCUGUAUGUGUGCAGAGAGAUGUUGACUUCUCUUCGCGAGCACUACAUGGCCACCACUGCCCUGCCGCCCCAAACAACAGGCGCCUUUGCCCCCGAGCAGCUCAGUCGGCUGAUCAACCACAGGACGGUGUCGACCAUCUGCGCCUUGGAGGAGCAGCUGGAGCACUACAGGCGCAUGCACGAGCACCAGAGGCGGCAGACGCAGAACCUGCGGGUGGCCUUCGACUCGUGCCAGAGGGUACUUGGGAGAUCCACGCAGCAGCAGCAGCAGCAGCAGCUGCAGCAGCAGAGGACACAGAGGUCACUGGCGUAAAGAAUAGUGGUCUGUUGAUAGGCGUCCGUGUGUGUGUCCAUGAAUGUACAACAGAAAGAAGAAAAGCCCAUAGCUAAUGCGUGUCUGCCUCUGCGUGUCUCUUUCUUCCCAAGUCACAGAAAAGUAGUUGUACAAAUGGUUUACGACUCUGUGCUCCCUCCCGCGUCUGUGUGUGGCCUCUCUGUCCAUCUGUGUUGUGAGUGUCCCAAGAAAUGGACGGACAGUUUUCUUUUCUUUUCCGCCUGUAUUCCUCUGUCUGACUGCCUUGUAG